CAACUUGGACAGAAAAAAAAGAAAAAUGUUGCAAGUCACUGCAGCCAUUUUGCUUGUUCUUUCAGUGGCUAUGGACUGCCACGUUCACAAGGACACAUGCCUAAUUGGUGGUAUUCACAAACCUCUCCCAAGUCCAGAGUCAGAAAUGCAGGAAUGUACUUUGUACUCCAAGUCUUCCUGCUGCCAUGCAAAUUUCACUGAACAACUUGCACAUUCGCCUGUAUUGAAAGUAGAGCACAUGUUCUGGAACAGAUGCGGAAAUGUCAGCAGAAAAUGUGAGAUGCACAUGAAGAAGUUAGAAUGUUUCUACCAGUGCUCCCCACAUGCUGCACACUGGAUGAGCCCCAAUUCCACAAUGAGUUUGUUAUCAGUUCCUCUCUGUAACAGUUUCUGCGAAGACUGGUUUGAAGCAUGCAAAGAAGACUUCACAUGCACCCGAAACUGGCUUCAAGAUUGGGACUGGAAUACGAAUAAUGAGAAUGUCUGUAAAGGCAACUGUAUUCCUUAUAAAGAGAUGUACGCCAAUGCAACCGAUUUGUGUGAAAACAUGUGGGGGCCCUCAUUUGAGGUGGGUUCCUCAACUUGUCGCUGUCUGCAGAUGAAUGAACGAGAUGAAAAGAUAAUCAAAUACAUCAUUGAAAGCAGCUCCUCCGAGAGCUCCAGUUCAAGUUCUGACUCGAGCUCUAGUGAAGAGAGAGCUUGCCAACGCAAGCUCAGACGUCUGGAGAAAGAAGCAGCAGAAGGGGCUGAAAAGAGGUCUGAUGAGGUUGAUGAUCCUGACUUCUUUAUCUUCUAACUGAAAUAAGCGAUUUCAUAUCCCAGUGACUACAACCAUAAUUGACUUAGAUCAUUCGUCCAUGAAGAAAAAAAACAUGUAACUGUGCUAAAAUGAAAUUACUGCGGUAUCAUGAUUAAGAGAUGGGAGAAACAAAGUAGUUCACAAGAUUCUGAGUCAGAUGACAGAAUAAUCACUUGAUCAUCACAUAGCUUUAUUGGGGGUUCAGAAGACAUUGUGUGACUUUGAUAUGUUUGGAUUUUUCCAAAUUUAGUGCCCUGUGGACAUGUAGCAGUCCCUCCCCCAAGUAUAGCAUUUAUCCCCAACCACCAACCAAAAUCAAAUGCACUGAAUUUGAGAUUGAAUUUUGGCUACAGCAGUCUGAAAUCAACAUUUUGUUGUAAAGAAAGUUGAUUGUAAGAUGUGCAAGAUUUACUAGUUGUUUUAGCAGUUUUAAGGUUCAUGUUUAUGAAUGGAGGCAUGGACAAGGAAAUGUUAAUGCAUUAUUUUACUCUUAACAGCCCUUAAACUGAAAAAAUGUGUUCUGAGUUGAUGCAUCAUUUAUACAGUUAAGAUGUUUGCCAUUUAAAGGAUUUGAAAUAUAUAAUUAUUUACUGGAUAACAAAAUUCACAAAAUAUUAUUGGACAGCUGUGUUCUAAAGCUGAGAUUGCAUUCUCUUAUUUCACAGAGGUUAAAAAAUGGUUUCUCUCUGUCUCUCUCUCUCUUUCUCCCUGUCUCUGUCUGUCUGUCUAGUUAUCUCUUUUUUAACAUUAUACAUACAGUUCUACAUUACAGAAGCACCUACCAGGUUAAGCUUUACAUUAGGAUAGUUAUGUGUCAAGCUGCAUAGAGCACUCAGCUUUGGUGAUAUACUCUGAUAAAACAUGCCUGUUUUAUGUAUGCUGUUUGAAUUGUUAAUUAUAUAAUGGCAAUAGAA